AUGGAACCAAGAAAUGACACUCAGCUCUCAGAAUUCCUUCUUCUGGGAUUUUCUGAAAAUCAACCUCAAAUUCGUUUUCUCAUAUUUGGACUUUUUCUCUGCAUGUACCUAGCGACUAUCUUUGGCAACCUAUUCAUCAUCAUGGCCAUCAUUGUAGACUCUUAUCUGCACACACCCAUGUAUAUCUUCCUCUCCAAUCUAUCCUUUGCUGAUAUAUGCUUCACUUCCACCACUAUUCCACAGAUGCUGGUGAACAUUCAGACACAGAACAAGGACAUCACCUAUGCAUGCUGCAUCACCCAGGUAUAUUUCUUACUACUUCUUUCAGUAUUGGAUGUCUUUCUGCUGACUGUGAUGGCCUAUGACCGCUAUGUGGCUAUCUGUCACCCCCUGCGUUACAUGAUCAUCAUGAACAUAAGACGCUGUGGAUUACUGAUACUGGCAUGCUGGAUCAUAAGUGUUCUGAAUUCCUUGUUACUCAGCUUUUUGGUACUGCGGCUGUCAUUCUGCACGGAUGUAGAAAUCCCUCACUUUUACUGUGAACUUAAUCAGGUUGUACACCAGGCCUGUUCUGACACCUUUCUUAAUGACAUAGUCAUUUACAUUGCAGCCAUGUAA